GGUGCGAAAUUUGAAGACUUAGACAUAGAAGGUUUGUUAGCAGUCAAAGAAAGUUUUGACAGAAGGUUUUCAAACCUUAAAGAAGGCAAAGCAUACAAACUUGUUAUACCUUAUGAACCAAAGAAAGCAGACGACUAUGAAUAUUAUGAGUCUAAAGUUGUAGAAGUUCAAGGUAAAUUGGGUAAAAAGAUUUUAGAGUCUAAGCCAGUGUUUACUCCUAAAGAGGAAGAGAACAUUGACAUUGACCCAGAAAUGUUCUAA